UGACAAAAAAGUGCAGAAGUAUGUUUGACUGUUACAUGUAGCCUGCUAUAUUCCUAAAUGAGCUCUUCAAGAAGACUUGAAACGUUGGUGGCGUUAGCUUAAAUCCGGACCCCUCGGGACCAACAGCAUGAACUGAGUAUUUUUCAUGGAAAAUAUUACAAUGGAAUCUGAACCUGUGACCAACAUGUCAGAGACCGAUCUUUGUAAUUCACCACCAGACUGUGAUGAUGGAGAACUUACAGAUAUAGGUCAAGAAGAUAUCCUUUGUCUUGAGACUGAGCAUGGUUUGGAAAACAGGUCGAGUUCAACAGAGAAUAUCACAUCGCAAAUAGAUGACUGCUCCUAUUACAUCUCAUGGAUAGUUUACAUUGCCCUUGCUGUUCCAAGAGGGGAAGAAGUUGAUGUUCCAACAGCUCCGGACAAGGCCAGGAAAACAAACAAAGACUCAGCCACUGUUUUAGUGAAAGCCCAUAAAGCCCAGAGCUGCUAUCAUAUUGAAUACAAGUUGUUGCCAGGUGAUUCAGAGACAAUCAAAGUGGAUCUACUAGUCUUUGGGCCAGUGGCAAAAAUGUACACAGAAGAUGAGUUCAAGAUUCUGAGAACAUGGCAUGAAGGAGAUCAGACAUGGGUUGGUUGGACCCAGAAUUUCAAAGUCAAAGUCAACAGGGACAUGCUGAUCAGUCUACUUCCUCAUAAGAUCAAGCUGAAGAUAUGGAACAGUAAGGACAAAUUGUCAAGUCAGGCCCGCUAUGAGAGACUUAAAGCCUUCAGAUUGCCACAGGAUCAGCCUGAGGAUACAACAGAAAUGUGUGGGGGCAUCAAGACUAUGGUAAACAAACUCAGAGCCUUGUGUGAGAAGAAGUCAAACACAUCUAAAAAACACACAAACAAGAACUUGGCUCCACAAGUGAAAGCAGGUUUUCAAAAACCCACAACUAAUGCUUAUGACCUUGAGGACAUAAAAAAGAAUGGUACUGCAUCAAUUGAAAUCAGUUCCAUUCAUUUGCUAGCAGGUGAGACCACAGUGACUGAAUGCUUCCCAGUCUGUUCGUCUGGUGUAUUUGAGGUCAUGUGCAACAUUUCUCUGGACAAACCUUUAGUAUCUGACCAACUGAAAGCUGAACUCAAUCCAAUGGUCAUCACGAUUUUGUCAGCAAACUCAAUGCCCUCAUCCCCAGUCCCUUUCCAUGUCCUAGAGGAAAAAUGCAUGCCUGUCUAUUGCCAGUACAAGUUCCAUAACCUGAGCAUGCACAGAACAAACUAUCACAAGCAUGGCACCAACAUCUACUUCAGAGAUGUAAAUGUGAUCCUGACUGGCUUGAUGAGUCCUCAAGAGCUCCAAGAGUUCCUCUCCAGUUCGCCUCUGCAGAUAGAGGUUCAUGAUCGUGACAGAAAGUUGGAGGAAACAUCAAAAAUGUCAGAGAUGUUUGGCAUGGUGUCAGAUAAUGACAUGCAUAGCAAUGCCACACCAUCCAAACAUAAAAUUAUGGUUUUCAACUCCUAUGGUAUUGCAAGCUUAAACCUGUCUGAGUUUCUACUUGGGAAGCAAAGUCUAAAGGUCCACUUACCAAUCAAAUGCUGCCCUCCACCUCUGCAGCUGGACAGGGAGAGAAGUAUAUGUAACAGGAAGAAGACAGAUGCAGCUGUUAGCAGAGAUCCCAUGCCACAGGCCCAUUACUAUGAUAUCAAUUCUCAACUCAAAGUAAAAGUUGAGAUAGCGUUCCCACUGAAAGUUAAGAAUGACGCCUGUGAACUGGAGUCCUAUGAUGGGCCAUUUGGGCGCAUCAUCUACCUCUUUGAUUACAACAACUUCUCUGUUAUGACCAAACUGAGAUCAGAGAUCCUCAGAAUCAAUGCAUCAGCCUUCCAUCUGGGAUCACGCUCACUGGAAAAUAUAGAGAGAGCUCUAUCAAAUUACAUAAUGAAUUUCAAGCAUGAUGAGAACAAGGAUCUGGAUUUUGUUACAGGAUUCCAUGUGCUAGAUAAGAGGACACACAUCUUUGUUCUUGAAGGGCUGAAACAUAAAGCAGUGAGGAGACUUUGGGAGGCCUGUUCCUAUGAACAAGCCUCGGUUUCUUCAAAGCGCAUCUAUGACUCAUUAGAUGUGGGUUUGAGUCCUAUCCACCUUUAUGAGUCACUGCAGACCAUCAUGAAACAGCCUCUGGUCUACAUUAGAGGCACAGUCCCCCAACCCUGCUUCCAGGCUUUGUCAAGGUUGAGCCAACUGUGUCAAGUGAGGCAACUCAACGAUGUGGUACAUUACAACCUCUUCCCCUCAGCUGACAUGAUUCUCAGCAUGAGCAAGGAAUAUGGCACAUAUGCUGAGCCGUGGAGGCAAAAAGCCAGCACAAACACUGAGAUGAUCUUGCCCACUCUGCCUGUCAGGAUGAAAAGACAUGCACCGCUUGACACACACAACAGAGAAUAUGUCAGAUGGAAACACAACAGCCAGCAGAUGAUAUUCCAACACUUCAGAGACUUUAUUCAGGAAAAUAUUCAGAAGGUACAAGAGGACAGUAAACAGUUGCAGAGGCCAAAGGCUGCUGUAUUAAGAGUAGACCAGGAUCCAACCAGGCCAGCACACAACUACAGCAUCCAGACCUUCAACUCAAACGAGCAAACCAAGGAGCUGCUCUGCAAAGAGAUGGCUAAGGUACCUGGACAAAGGUUCACCUACAGCCAGCAAUACCACAGUGCUACAGUGGAGAUUGGAGACAUGACUUCUAAAAAUGACUCCAGCUCUGCUGCUGCCUCUAUUUGGUUCACAAGUUUAAGCAGUGCCAAGUCCAGAGUGCACCCCAAAUACCCAGAUGAAGCCCGUGUGGAAGAGCUGAGAAAGCCAUGGAGAGAGAACAUCCUACAUGCCAACACACUGAAACCCACACUUUCACGGGACAUAUGGGUAUGGAAUCGUCGUUAUGAGGACUUUCAGCUCUACUGCAAACCUCCCCAUUUCUUCAGCACACCUCCUGUCACCAUUCACCUGGCUGGAGACUCUCUACAGCAGGAACAGCUUGAAGCAGCCAGAGCUCAGCACACUCGCUGGCUGAAGAAGCUGCUUCCUGGCAGCAGCACCAACCGACCAGACAACGGCCCCAUCUCAGAGUUCAAGUGUCACAUGGGAGGAAACUCAGAGACAAUUCAGGAUAUACUGAAAGAUGAGCCAAAGAAAUAUUCACUGAGGAAGCCAGGCCUGAUGCUGAAGCCUUUGCCUCAACUAUCUGUGAUGAGCUUUCUUGACAACAAGGCAGAAGCUCUGGCUCCUGGCCCCUGUAUGGACCACAGCCUCAGCAGCAAAAACAACACCAUCCCCAGACAUAUCUCUCUUUACAACAAGGACCACUACAUUGGAUUUGGAAAGCAGCAUUCCUUCCUGUACAAGCGGACUUCCCUGCCUCUAACAGACAAGGACAAGAGUAUCUUCACUUUUCAAAAGUAUGCACCUAAAAUGAAGACACAUACAUGAGCUAUUAAGG